AUGGCAUCGAAGGACAACAGUCGCAUUGUGCUCUUGGAAGAAGAAAUCAGGAAUCUCUCCGAGGAACUGGUGCAGUGUCAGGCAGACAAAGAGUUUGUGUGGUCUUUAUGGAAACGUCUUCAAGUUGCCAAUCCAGACCUGACACAGGCAGUGAGCUUAGUUGUAGAGCGAGAGAAGCAAAAAUCUGAAGCCAAAGACAGGAAGGUGCUGGAGAUCCUUCAGGCUAAGGACUAUAAAAUACAAGAGCUGGAGCAGCGAGUGACAGGUCAGCAGCAGGAGAUAAACAACCUUGCUCAAAGAAAGUGGAACGUGGAUGAAGAUAGGGCUGAGAUGAAGACGGAGCUGUCUGCACUGCAGCACAAACUUGGGGACAGAAGUCAGGAGCUAAAGGAGUUGAGGGAGCAGUGGAGGAGGAAAGAGGAGGAGCAGCAGCGUGCUGUGAGGGAUCUGGAGGAGGCCAAGGCAGGAUUAGAUGCACACUGUUAUGACUUGCAGCUCGACCUGAACAAACUCCACGGUCAGGAGGUCCAGUGGAGGCAGGAGAAGUACUGCAUUGAGUCCAAAGCCAGGGCUUUUGAAAAUGAACUUAAAGAAGCAAGGCAGCAGGUUGAAGACAUGCACCACAAAUACAGCUGUCUGACUGCUGAGCUCUCAGCCCGAGAAACUGAACUAACACUGAGGGGUGAUCAUGUGACCAAGUUGAGGACAGAGCUGCAUGAGAUGCGGGCUCUGUACCAGCAGAGCGUGCAGCAUGCCUCUGAGCAGGCCCAGCUCAUUCAGCAGCUGGAGGGGCUCAACCUGGACACCCAGCAGGUGAUGCGCAGCCAAGAGGCCGCCCACACAGCUGACACUGUCUCCUACCAGAAGCUCUACAAUGAACUCAGUGUGUGCUAUGAAGCUUUGAAGUCUAAUGAGGCACAGCUGCGCCAAAGUCACAUUUCCUUGACAACACAGCUGUGCCAAAAGGAGCAGCGGAUUUGUGAGCUCCAAGCCUGCCUGCAGCAAGCCAUAACCAGCCAGCCAGUGAGGCUGACCAGUGCCACGCUUGCAGAGGAGAAGCUUCAGGAGGUGUGGAAGGAGCCACAGUCUUUGGCCGUGAUCCAGCAGGCUGAAUCAGAGGAACCGUCAGCAGCAAUUCGUCCUUCCCAGAGCCAUGAAACAGAGACAUGCCUGCCAAGACGACAGGGUACAGCUGUUCAGCGCUCCCGCUCCCUGUCCCCCACAAGCUGCAGUGGACCCAGGCUGGAGAUCAGAUGGGAUGGACGCACUGACCGCCGGAUUUGUGAACUGGAGGAGCUGCUGAGGCUUAAGACGGAGGAGAACAAUGAGCUCAGGAGAGUCCAUGAGAAGCAGCACGAGCGCCUGCGUUUCAUCAAGACCAACUACAGGACCAUGAAGGAGCAGCUGAGGGUGGUAGAGGAUGGCCAGUGCCAGCCCAGGGGGGGAUGCCUUCGUGCUGAGCCCUGGCAGCUGUGUCAGGAGGACAGUGACGCAGUCUGGAAUGAGCUGGCACACUUCAAACGGCUCAACAAGAAGCUUUUAACCGACAAGACUAAUCUGGAGGAGGAGCUGGACGUGUUACGUGUGCAGGCAGCAAUGGACAGAACCACCAUACAGGAGCUGCGUGUUUGCCUGCGGCAGGAGCAGGAAGAGCUGGCGGUGAAAGAGGGGGAGGAUGCACAGGUCAGAAGCAGCACCCCCCGAAAGCUGCCUGCGGGGAGAGUGGGAGCAUCACUGGAGGAGGUGGAGCGCCUGGAGGUCAGGGUGCAAGCCCUGGAGGAGGAGGUGCAGAGGCUGAGGGCGGCCAACCAGGAGCUGGAGGAGGCCCGGGAGGAGCUGCAGGCCUCCAUUCUGCGGCUGCGCAGCCAGGCAGUGGCACGUGUGGAGGCCAUCCAGGCCCAAUCCUGUGCAGACCGGGAGAGGCAGGAGGCCCUCGUGAAGGAUCUGGAGAGCCAGCUGGCCAUGGUCAGGAGAGAGAGAGACCAGAGCAGGCGCAGGCUGCUGAAGCUGCGGCAGGAGCUCGGCAUUGUGCAGGCCGCUAGGGUCUUCACCCAGUUGGGAAAGCACCACAGAGGCAAAGCUGCGGCAAGUGCAAAGCCCAGGCAACCGACAGCUCAGCCAGGAGGCCUGCCCCGGCACCAACCAGCAUCCCACAGCAGUAAGGAUGGGUGGGAGGACUUCAGUGAAGACAGUGACAGUGGGGAGGCGUAUACAGACAGUUUGGACAGUCACAGCCCAGAGAAGAGCAGCCAUCCACAACCAUCGCUAGCUCAGAAUGUUCCUCCACAGGGACGCAGACGCCCCAAAGACUGCGCCCAGUAUGCCAGUCCGCACCCUCACACCCCCCGACACACCCACCCAGGUAAAGGGGCUCAACAGCGAAGGGGUACUGCCCAGCGGGUGUCCUCUCUGGCCCUGCAGCGUCGGAUCAUGGCUCUACAGCAGCAGAUAACUGUUCUACACACACGCAAGAGAACAGCACAGAGAACCAUCUGGGAGCAGAGAGAAACCAACAAGAAGAUCACCUCACAGCUGAACUCCCUCACCCAAAGGCUUGACAUCAGCAAGCAGCUUUCCCAGAAGCUGACCUCUGACCUGUCAGCACUGGAGAAGCAGAAGGCAGCACUUGAGCACCAGAAGGCGAUGCUGAAGUGGGAGCUGGAGCAGAGCAGGCAACAGAAGCCCCUGGAGCAUCCUCCCCUCACCCAGGAACCACCCAGCCCUGUGCUUCAAAAGCUGGAAGCAGAAAUAAAGAGGCUUCAGGCCAAACUGAAGCACACCUGUAAUGAAGUAACAAAGCACACAACCGCUAACAAAUCCUUGAGAUCGGUGCUGCAGACCAAGGAGGAGCAGCUCAGAGAGCUGCAUGAUAAGCUCUCCCACAUGGAGAGGGAUAUGAGCAUGAAGAGGCACUUGAUGGAGGAUCUGAAAAGCAGACUAAAGAUCUUCCAAAGCAAUGAUAAGACCUACAAAGGACUCAUUGAGGACCUGGAAAAAAAGGUGAAGACUUUGUCUGAAGAGACCUCUAACAGGAAGGCCUUUAUUGACUCUCUGAGACGGAGGCUGAGUGUUGUCACCAAAGAGAAGUGCCAGUAUGAGCUGAGCAGCCAGAAGCUCAGGGACAGCCUGGACAAGAAGGAUCAGAAGGUGGAGGCGCUGCAGGCUCGGGUUCUGGAGUAUGAGCAGAGCAUAGUGGAGCUGGAGCGCACCGCCUCCCACCACAUGCAUGGCCUGGCAGAGCAGAGCACGCAAGCCCUGGAGUCGGUCCAGAGGAAGCUGGCCCUCGCCAGCACGCAACUAGAGCAGCUCCACACGUUCAUCACAGCUCUGGCCAGUGAAAUUAACCAAGACACCCAGGACACUAAAUGUCAGCUACGGAAAAACAGGAGGAGGAGGGGCUUAGACAGGAAGCAUCCCUCCAACAAAUCCAUGAUGCGAGCGCAGUCGAUUGCAGCCUCCAUCCUCCAUGUGUCCAAGACUGACCUGGAGGACAUGCUUGAUACGGAUGAGGAUAAUGAAGAAGCCAAAGCAGAAAGGAAAAAGGACCAAGACUGGUUGGACCAGGUCCUGAAUCUCCUGCAGCAACAGAUCCCCUCUGUUGCUUUGCUAAUGGAAGCCAUGCGAUCAAAGCUAAGGGAGAGGAAAGUUCUGACAGAGGAGCUGGCUGCACUGAGAGCACAAGUCAGCAAAAAAGCCUGACAGGAGACUGCUCAGAGCUUCCCUGGAAAUGGCCGUCCACAUCACAGCGCCAUCCUCCUGUAGAGCUGCUGGCAUGUUAGUGACCAUAAGAAAAC